CCCUGCCCGGGGCAGCGAGCGGCUGCACCUCACUGGCGGCUCCUUCCUCCACUGAGCGGCUGACCAGGAAGCGGCUCGGCACCUAGGCCACAAAGCCGGUCUUAUAUAGCCAGGUUGGUGUCCUGCUUGCUUAUCCACUGAGGAGAGACCUGAGCUUCUGACGAUCCUGCCUCCAUCUCCUGAGUACUUGAAUUACAGGCUAAACAUUUUGAGAUGAGGAAGGUGGAUCUGUGCUCAGACACUGAAGGGACAGAAGUGAUUCUGGCCACGUCGAGUGAUGAAAAGCACCCGCCUGAAAACAUUAUUGAUGGGAAUCCAGAAACAUUUUGGACCACCACAGGCAUGUUUCCCCAGGAGUUCAUCAUUUGUUUUCACAAACAUGUAAAGAUUGAGAAGCUUGUGAUUCAGAGUUACUUGGUGCGGACUUUGAGGAUUGAAAAGACCACAUCUAAAGAGCCAUUGGAUUUUGAGCAGUGGGUUGAAAAAGAUUUAGUGCACACAGAGGGGCAGCUUCAAAAUGAAGAAAUUGUGGCACGAGAUGGCUACGCCACUUUCUUGAGAUUCAUCAUCGUCUCCGCGUUUGAUCACUUUGCAUCUGUGCACAGCAUUUCUGCAGAGGGACUGACAGUCUCGAGUCUUCCUUAGUCAUUACAGCAAAAUGCUCGGAACCACUUUCACAAUAUAUGUAUUGAAACACAAAGCUAUCUUUGAUACGUUUACUAUUAAAUAGAUUUGUAUCACUCUG